UCAUGUUUUUAUCCUCACUGUGUUUGCUUUCGGUGAGCUAACUAAACGCUAACGGAGCUGAGAGCUCCUGUUUGUCUAAAGUAAAGCCGUAGUGUCGUGUAACUAUGCUACCUGCUGAAGUCUGCACCCCAUAACUGGCACUACAAAAACAAUAAUAAAGAACAAAACAUGGCGUCCCGUUUCCUCAAGUACUCUGCGCUUCUCCAGAAGUAUCGCACUCCGCUGCUUAUAGCGAGCUGUGGCGGGGUCUUCGCAGCCAACAUGUUCUACCACGUUUUCCCGGACGUGACCUACCGUCAGCUCUAUCAGGCCUGGCACCAAGGAGAGCCAGUCACGCUGUCCGAAAAGCUUGAGGAUCUUUUUCAACAGGUAAUAAAGGACUAUGGUAUCAGCUCACCCAAGAAUUUCUCUGCCUUCGCCUCCUUUGGGUUCCAUCCGGUUGGUGCCGGUGUCCCUUGGCUUCCUGCAGGGGCACAAAUUGGUAUCCCUGCAAACUUUAACAGCACGGCCGACGACCCGAGCGGAAUCACCAACCGCACCAUUUUCAUCAACGGCAAAACUGUGGACUGGAGCAGCGACACCGGUUCCGCUCUAAAGGAGUCAUUGGUGUUUUCUCACGAGGCGCAGAAAUUUGCCAUAGCGAGAGAAGUGGCUCGCUUGCAGUCCGGAGGACCUGUCAUGUAUGCUGCUGUUGCCCCGGUCUGUCUCGGUGGUGUUUGGGUGUACAGCGUGGCGCUGAAGCAAAUGUUGGGACUCUACGCCAAGCCUGCACUGUUUCGAGGUGCUGCAAACUUUUUAGCGCUGGGGCUUGGUGCCGUGUCCCACUUCCUCAUGUCGGAUGCUGUUGCGAAGUGGAUUGACUUUACCUCAGACCGACGUGCAGCGGGAGUGUCCCGUGAUUAUGCCAAAGGAGGGGUAGAGUUUUACGAUAAGAUUCUAUCCAGAAACAGGACACUGCGCUCCCUGAUGGGGCAGAAGGGAGAGGAUAUGUAUGCUCCAAGUGGGAAUUUGUUUCCUGCUCACCUCCUACAGCUGAAACACACACCAUACACGUCCAGGAGGGAGGGCAUCCUCACUCUGCUGAAAGAGGAGAAAGUUUGAAAAGAAAUGGAAGUUGAGAGUUAUGAUGGAUGUCACUGGGCCUCGCCUGAACCUGUUGCGAUCUACUGUAAGUUGUGCUUAUUUCUGAACAGACUGUGCAGAAGCACAGCCAUAGAAGGAUUUUUUUUUUUAGCAACAGCAAAAAGAAUUAACACAUUUUCAGAGAAAUGUGACAUCCCACAUGUGUUAAUGUUAUUUUGUGCAAUAUUUGAAUGAAUCCUGAAGUGAGGUAGCAUUUAAAUUGUCAAAUGUUGUUUGUUUUUUUUAUCCAAUAAAAGAAACAAAAAUUUGAUUGUUAAUUUUGGACCCAAUAUACAAAUAAACAUUAUGAAGCCUGUUCAGAGCACAUGAUCAAAUAUAUGUUGUUAAACAGACAUGACAGUCUCUAUCAUGCAAAAUAAGGCAUCACUGUUGAGGAAUACUCAGUGUCUGUAUGUAAGGAAACAUAUUUCUUUACAUAUAUUCAUUGCAUAGUUGUAUUUGGUUUGCUUUUAUUUAUCCAGAUCAGAUAUCCAUCUGCAAGGUUUCUGCUUCAACCCCAUUACAGUCAGGGUGAAUGGAGGUUGUGGUUUUUGAUCAUAGCACUGAAGAAUAACAUUUAAAAGACCAAAUGGCAACAAAUCUUCCCACAAAGUUCUGCUUUCUUUUGAUUAUCCAUAAAUCUGAACAGUUUUCCUUCCUACUACUUUAUACCAAAGAAGUAGCUGUUGACAACAUGUCAUAUUUUUCCAAUAAGGCACACAGGCUUUUUAUUCUUUUUUUAAAUUUCUUUUUCACAUCUCAGUUGAAACCUAUUAUUUCUCCUCCUUGUAGAACCAGUGUAUCAGUUCUCAUAUAUAUAUAUAUAUAUAUAUAUAGAGAGAAAUAAUAGAAAAUGGAUCUGCAGUUUGAAACACCAGGUUUGACCUUGACUUCUUGGUGUUCAGCUGUUCAGCUGAAUGUUUCUUUGUAACUGACUGCAGAAAAAAUGUCAUUGUUAGUUAGCUGUGUUCAUGUGUUCUGGUUUGUUCGCUCUAAAUAAAAGUCAGAUAAAACCAUUAUGGAAGAAAGUAUGUUGGGUAUGUUGAUACACUCAUUUACAGAAAUGUGAGCCAUAAAGCAAUGAACCUUCCCACAGAGCAGCCAUGUACCAUCCAUAUGUGCAUAUGUCGCACCCGAAGGUGUUAAAGUACACCUUAAAGUAUGUUCAUAAAGAACUUGUUAAUGCAAUAUUUUCACAGUAGAUCUAUUAAAAGGCUCCAUCUUUGUAUUUUCCCUGUGCUCUCGUUACCUAUAGCCAUCUUUUUGCCCUCAUAAGGAUAACAUCUAAUUGUGUUCACUAAUGAAGAGCAGUAUUCAUUUAUUAUUCUUUUAUUUCUCUGAUGCCAGGUUUCCACUAACCUUUAAGGGGACUAACACACUACAUCAUUUGCAUGGCCCUAACUAAUUUAUUUAGCGAUAAUAAUCUUAAUAUCCAGCUUAUUGUGACUCAGAACUCAUCAUAUAGCACCCAAGUUCCCUCAGGUCGUCUGCCUGCAUAUUAACAAGGUUCAGAUUUGGUGUUUUAAUUACAUUUCCGAUCUUGUACCCUGCGGACUGAGCUAAAUAUAGAAGCAUGUAAUUAAUAGAGUUGCAGAUAGACAUACACUGACAUUUUACUGUAUUGCCCUCAGGUAGACCAUGCUGUAGAUGUAACCGCUAAGUAGAAUCCAGACGCCAUUGUGGUGUUUUUUUAAUGAGUCAGUAGAAUCAAAACUAGAAGGCACAUGUCCUGAUUAAGACACAGACAUAAAAAGCACGCAGAUGGAAAAAAGUGGAGUAGAGGGACGCCUCUCUACAUUAGUGCCCAUGAGCAGUUUGCUCCAGGUCUAUGGUUAUGCAGCGGAUUGUGGGCUUUGGGGAGAGGCAGAAACCCUGGAUGGGCUAAUGAACCUGCACCUAAAGUAAAAAUUUCAGUUAAAGUGAAUUCAAGAAUUGACAUACUGAGAAUAGAAUAGAUACUUUUUGAAUCCUUUGUGAGGAAAUUCUCAGUUUUACACACACAUAUAGGCCUGAAAUAACAACACACACAAAGGGCUCAUAGACAUGCAAAUGUGGAGAGAUGGUGGAUUGAUGGGCAGCCACGUAGCAGCGCCAUUUGAGAAGUUAGGGGUUUGAUACCUUGCUCAAGGGUACCUCAGUAGCACCUCAGCAGUGGACUGGUAGCUGGAGAGGGUGAACCGGCAGCUCUCCUGCUAUGAGUCCACUCUCCAUACUUUGGUCCAUGUUGGACUUGAACCAGCCUCCCAAGCCAAGUUCCUAUGAACUAAUUUAUCUCUGCAAGUGAGAAAUGUAGGAGGGGCUGAACAAGUUCUGUGAAUUUGCUUUAAAGUAAGUCUGGAAUAUUCCUGUCAGUUAAUUGUAUGUUGAAGUUGAAUAAUCUUGUUGCAUCAAAAUAAUCCUCUUAUUAUCAUCUUAUACUCUAUGGAAAACACAGCUGAGAAAAAGAAAAAUCUCUGAUGAAUGUUUCUGUGAAAAAGAAGAAGAAGAACGCAUGGGACUGAAUUUCUAGGUCUACUCCAUCAUUUCCCCUACAACUACACAGCGUCCUGUGGGAUAUUCAUAUCAACAACACUGAGUUUAUUGUCUUAUUCUCAGUGCUCCGCUUCAUCUGCUUACUUCACUGUAUGCCAAGCAAGAGUUGACUGUACAAUGGUCCAUUGUUAGUGCUAUUGUAGGCUGUUUCUUUUUGGAGCCACUUGAGGUCAGUAUAGUCCACAUUAACACUCUCACACGCUUUCUUUUGAAGUGUCUGUGAAUGACAUUGAUUUGUUCUGAAUGA